AUGCUUCGAACCGUCACGGGACGUGCUGCCGCCUCGGGCCUUGUCAGGUCAGCUCUGCCUCGGGUCUCCCAAGCAGCGGCUCCCACAUGCUCGCUUGCCCCGCAGCUGCGACUUCAGAACCAGACUCGCGUUGCUGGUCUUCGAUUCUCCAGAGCCAUCCACAGCACUUCAGUCAGAAUGUCCCAGACACGAACAGAGAGCGAUGCCUUCGGCGAGGUCCAGGUCCCGGCCGACCGAUACUGGGGAGCUCAGACCGAGCGAUCCCUCGAGAACUUCCGUAUCAACCAGCCUCAGGACCGUAUGCCCCCGCCUAUCGUCAAGGCCUUUGGUAUUCUGAAGGGUGCUGCUGCUACUGUUAACAUGAAGUUUGGUCUUGACCCCAAGAUCGGUGAGGCUAUCCAGCAAGCUGCCAAGGAGGUUGCCGAUGGAAAGCUUCUUGACCACUUCCCCCUUGUCGUCUGGCAGACAGGUUCCGGAACCCAGUCCAACAUGAACGCCAACGAGGUCAUUUCCAACCGUGCUAUUGAGAUCCUCGGCGGCACAAUGGGCAGCAAGAAGCCCGUCCACCCCAACGACCACGUCAACCGCAGUGCCUCCUCCAACGACACUUUCCCCACCGUUAUGCACAUCGCUGCCGUCCUCGACAUUGAGGGUGAACUCCUGCCUUCUCUCCGCAGCCUGCGGGAUGCUCUCCAGAAGAAGGUUGACGACUUCGAGGCCAAGAAGAUCAUCAAGAUCGGCCGAACUCAUCUCCAGGACGCUACCCCUCUUACUCUCGCCCAGGAGUUCUCCGGCUACGUUGCCCAGCUCGACUUCGGCAUCAAGCGCGUUGAGAGCUCUCUGCCUGAUCUGCGACUUCUCGCCCAGGGCGGUACCGCUGUUGGUACUGGCAUCAACACCUUCGAGGGCUUCGCCGAAGCUAUCGCUGAGGAGGUCACCAAGAUGACUGGUACCGAGUUCAAGACCGCCCCUAACAAGUUUGAGGCUCUGGCUGCUCACGACGCCAUUGUCCAGGCUCACGGCUCUCUCAACACCCUUGCUGCCUCUCUCACCAAGAUUGCUCAGGAUAUCCGAUACCUUGGCAGUGGCCCUCGCUGCGGUCUCGGUGAGCUGAACCUGCCCGAGAACGAGCCUGGUAGCAGCAUCAUGCCCGGCAAGGUCAACCCCACGCAGUGUGAGGCUCUGACUAUGGUCUGCGCCCAGGUCAUGGGUAACCACGUCGCCACCACCAUUGGUGGUAUGAAUGGCCAGUUUGAGCUUAAUGUUUACAAGCCUCUGGUCAUCCGCAACCUUCUCCACAGCUCCCGCCUCCUGACUGAUGGCAUGCGCUCUUUCGAGAAGAACCUGGUUGCUGGUCUUGUCGCUAACGAGGAGAAGAUUGCCAGCAUCAUGAAGGAGUCUCUUAUGCUUGUCACUUGCCUCAACCCCAAGAUCGGUUACGACAUGGCUAGCAAGGUGGCCAAGAACGCUCACAAGAAGGGACUUACCCUGAAGGAGAGCGCCCUUGAGCUCAAUGCGCUGACCGAGGAGGAGUUUGAUACUCUGGUCAAGCCUGAGCUGAUGGUUGGCCCCAGUCCUUACAAGGGUUAA